GAUUAUUGAUGAAGAGCGUGUCAAGGAUGUAUCGAGUAAAAAAUUUUACGGAGAUUUUCCGAAAAUUUAAUAUAACAGACGAGGACAUGGAUUACAUGGCGAACUUGGGGUAUGGAAACGGGACAGGUGAGGACAUUGGAACAACCGACACUGAUUGUUAUUGUAAUGGGAUGGCAAGAGAUCUCGCAAUUUCCUACAAAGCUUAUCACGGCUAUGUGGCGCUUGUGGUAUGUGUGUUUGGAACAGUGGCUAAUAUCCUGAAUAUUGUGGUACUGACCCGAAAGGACAUGGCGGUUGCACCCAUUAACAGGAUUCUCACUGGCCUAGCUAGUGCAGAUAUGCUGGUCAUGGUGGAAUAUAUUCCAUUCGCCACAUAUGUGUACCUUGUUCUUCCGGAACACAAAAUGUUCCCUUACGGAUGGGCAGUCUUUGUCCUAUUUCAUAUGCACUUUGCCAACGUUUUGCAUACCAUCAGCAUCGCCCUCACCUUAACAUUGGCUGUCUGGAGGUACAUCGCGAUUAGAUUUCCACAAUAUAACCAUUCCUGGUGCACAGCUGCACGCUGUAGGCUGGCACUAUGGUGUAGUUUUCUGGUUCCCUUUAUUGCCUGCUCCCCUACUUAUCUAAUUUUCGGGAUAAAAAGGGAAAAAGAACAAGGAACAGCAGAAAUUCUUUAUCACGUGGAUGCAAAUUACUCCGGGGGUAGAAAUGGGUUUCUCUACAAUCUCAAUUUCUGGAUAAUAAGCGUGGUUGUAAAAUUAUUGCCCUGUGUCAUCCUCACGGUUAUUAGUUUUUGGCUGAUUAAGGCUCUCUACAGGGCAAAGGGAAGAAAGCAAGUGUUGAGAGGAUACAACCCCUGUGCAACAACGGCCAACGGUCUUUGCUCGCGUAGGGCGAGUAAAUCCGAAAGAAGAGCUGACAGAACCACGAGAAUGUUAGUAGCAGUGCUUUUACUUUUCUUGGUUACAGAGAUACCCCAAGGGAUUCUUGGCCUUCUCUCUGGCCUUUUGGGCGAUUGUUUCUUCAGACAUUGUUAUCACAAUUUCGGAGAGAUAAUGGACAUAUUAGCCCUCAUAAAUGGUGCCAUAAACUUCAUCUUAUACUGCUCCAUGUCACGACAGUUCCGAACAACUUUUGGACAGCUUUUCAAACCCAGGAUCAUCAAAAAGUGGCAUCCAGCUUCCCAACAAACUGAAGUACAAAGAAGUCUUUGAAGUCAAGAUUGUGAUGGAAGUCAAAUUGUGAAAUUAAGUCGUUGUAAUCAAUUAAUAAAACUUCAGUGAACGUUCUGAGGACAGCGAAGACAAUGAAGUCAUAGAAUUCACAUAAAUUACAUAGGAAUCACAAGAAAUUGUGGAAUGAAAGUUAAUUAUUGAAGUUCAUAAAAUAAAUUAAGUCAACUUUAAACGGUAGUUCCGUGUAAAAUAACACAGGCCCACAAAAAAAGUUGU